AUGGAACGUGGUGGAAUAGAUAGAGUAGGCAAUGGCCUAUACAUCACUUCACUCUUGUUCCUUGGGUUAUUGACCGCAGCUGUUUUAUCAGUUUCAGCUAUCGACAUAAUAAAGCAAACUUUAUACAAGUAUCCAAGACAUUGGCGUUAUCUUUCUUUUGUUAUCGGGGGAUAUUUCUUCACGCCUGUGUAUAAUUUCAUUAGUUCAGAAUUAACGAGAGUUUCGCUGAUUGCGCUUGAAGUUGAGCCUCGUCCUGAAAAUAAUGGACAGCCAGGGUGGGGACGUCCAGGAACAUCUGUUGAAGAUAUUCAUUUCAAAACUACUAUAUCUCAAACGCCCAGUAUAAUAGAACAAGUUGCCCUUGAGAGUUCAUCCCUCUUGCGACGUCAACCUUCAAUGUCAAUACAUCGAUAUAUUGAAUUUCUGAUUGAGCAUAACGUGGUUGAUCGUCAAAUCGGAUGUCUGUAUAUUGAGGGCUACGAACGUGCUCGAUUUGGUGAGGACGAAUUCACCGAGCAGCAGUUUACCGAGUUUUAUAAGAUUGUAACGGUUUUAUUGGGGAUGAUUAAAAAGUAG